AUGGACGGUGAAAAACUAGAUCAAGCAGAUGGAACAUAUCUGUCCGUAUACGUAGGUAACUUAUGUUCAAUUCAACUAUUAAGAGGAGAAGACGACGAAGAAGCAACCAUAAUGCAAUUCUGGUUGAGUGGAGACAGGAUAAUAAUUAAACAAUUCCUUAUAGAACCCACCACUAAUCAAAGUUAUCAAAUCAACAACCAAUCAAUGGAACCUCUAGAAAAGGAAACCAGAAAACGAUCAUUAUCCGACAAAUUAGAAACAACCACCCCGUCAAACAACACUGAACGUACAGUAACAAACUCUCCAGAACAAAUAAAAUCAGAUGCAAUUAUCUCUACGCCUACUACAACCACUCAGGUACAAAAUGAAGAAAAUAUCACAAAGCAAUUGGGUACAACAACCACCCAAUCCAACGUUGUCACCACUGUCAAGGAAUCGCACGUGAACGUCACAAUUGUUGAAUAA